AGAAUGAUGACAAUGAAGAGCGAAUAGGUGCAACACCAAGAAAUUAUGUUGAUAAACCCGUCGAAAUUGUGUCUCAGAGGACGAUGAAAAUGACGACGAAUGCCUACGAUGACGACGUUGAGCAAAUAGAUGCAACACCUGUCGAAUUAUGUCAUCGAAGAGAAAAUAUGAUGACAAUAACUUUGAGCAAAUAG